CUAGGGAUUGUUUGGCACAAACGCUCCAGAAUAUCUCCAGCUCUUUGAUGUAUCCUAUUAAUGCUCUUUUGAUGCCAGUGAUUGCUGAGCAAGCAGAUUCAGAAGAUCAAGAAAUAAAGCUGGACGAGUGCAAAGCUGAUUGCAGACUCUGGAACAAUGACACUUUGUGUCUAGAAGAAGAUACAGACAGGGCUCACUCAAGCCUUGAUGAUGUUUUGGAAGCUGUCCUCAGGCCAGUUGCCGACAGUCGCAACCCUCGCGCAGAGCUAUCAGCCCCCAUCAAGAGGGAGCCAAGCCACGCCCAUCACGGAAACAUCGAGAUGAGGGACGGAGCAGAGGACAGCUUCAGCGAAUCGGAGGGUUCUGCCGAGAAUGUUGAAGAGCUGAACUGUGCGCAGCCGUGUGCCAAAGCAGGGAUUGAUGCUGCCUGCAGGAACCGAGACUUUUUUUGAAGAAAAGAAAAAGAAAAAAACCCACAAAAAAUGUCUGUAUGAAACAAAAACAGCCUGAAGGGUAAAAACAUGAACCAUAUGCUCGAAAGAUAA